CAUGCUGACUUCAACAUCCUUUGCUCAACAGUAUAGUUUUAGCUGAGGAGAGAACAGGUGUUCUUCUGACCUGAAUUUUAAAACUUAGUCUGGAAGUAACUUUAUAGGUAAAUGGAACUACAGUAUUACCAUGGAAAUAUAACAAAAGAACACUGUGAAGAAUUACUGAGCAAGAACAAAAACAAUGGAUGCUUUUUAAUACGAGACAGUGAGAGCAUACCAGGAGCUUUUUGCCUUUGUGUUUUCUAUGAAGAGUUUAUCUACACUUACAGAAUCUUCAGGAAACACAAUGGACAUUUUAUGAUCCAGACUUCAGAAGGUGCUCAAAAACAGGACUUCAGAACGCUGAAGGACUUAAUAGCCACCUUUGAAAAACCAAAUCAAGGGCUGGUCAUCAAUCUGCGCUACCCUGUAAAUAGAUCUACAUCAAGCCAACAACCUCAGAAUGUCUAUGCGGAUGGUGAAGAUUAUAUCAACUUUGAAGCUGAAGGCAGUGAUUAUGUGGAUGUAUUGCCUGACUCCUGACUGAAAGACCUGCUUCAUCUCAGUUUGCUCCAUUUCAGAAUGGAAAUUCAUCUUCAGUGGGUUACAACAGUACUGACUAGAACUUGUUCAUUUGUUUGGACUUUGUCUUCCCCUUCUCUCUGACAUGCCUUAAAAGAUAAUAUGUCUUGUACCUCUGUAUAAUAGUACUAAA